GUUUUUGUCUUUAAAGUUGAAACAACCAAUGACAACUUUAUUAUUCCUAUAAAAUCCUAAUCAUCAAAGUGUCCACACCAUCAUCAUCCUAAACAAAUGUGAAUAAAUUAGCUGGACAAACAUACAUGUAAAGAAAAAUCAUUGAUACAUAUAAUUUUCAAAACUUGUUAUCCAAAUCCAUAUCACUUCACUUUAGCGUGUUGGGAAUUCCAACCAAACCCCAUCCAUAAUUUUUUUCCUUCAUUUUGGACCUUUUAUAAAUCUUUGUCUUCCUACAUAACUCGUCCCCUUCUUCAUCAUAAAAAUCUCUGUUCAUUUACUCACCUUCCAAUAAUUACACUAAGCUCAAAUUUUUUUUAGUAAAAAAUAGUCUAAAAAAAAAAAAACCCUAGAGAGCCAUGGCUUCCACCGAGCCGGAGGUACCACCAAGUGCCGAACCAGUAGUAGUAGAAGAGCCAAAGGAGGCAGCUGAAGAACCGGCGGUGACGGAAAAGGCCGGAGAAGCAUCGGAACCACCACCGGAGACUAAAGCGUUGGCCGCGACCGAGGCGGCUCCGGGCGCCGCCACACCAAAGGACUACUUCCCAGUGGUUGAUGUGGUUUUGAGGGUUUUGCUGUUUGCUGCAUCGGUGGUUGCCGUCGUGGUUUUGGGGACUAGCAAGCAAACGAAGCUUAUUCCGGUUCAGGUUGUGCCUUUUCCGGUGCCGGUGGCGGCUAAAUUUACUAACUCGCCGGCUCUCAUAUACUUGAUCUCAGCGCUUUCAGUAGCUGGUUUCUACGGCCUCGUCACUUCGCUCCUUUCAAUUUUUGCCCUUCUAAAACCUACUUUCUCCACAAAGUUCAUCUCACAUUUUGUGAUCUUUGAUGUGCUAUUGUUGGGAAUAGUAGCUUCAGCAACAGGAACAGGAGGUGCAGUUGGAUACAUUGGUUACAAGGGCGAUUCUCAUGUGAAAUGGGGAAAGGUCUGCAACACUUAUGAUGUGUUCUGCAAACACGUUGUGACUUCACUGGCAUUCUCAUUGUUUGCCUCUGUGGUUUUGGCAUUGCUUGUUUUGCUCUCCAUUUAUUCCCUCUCCAAGAAGAUCCCCAAGUGACUGAAAUGAAUUCGCCAGAAUCAGGGACGGUCUUCUCAUUUUCGUCGCGAAUCGCUUCUGUUCUGUAUAUGUAACAUUCAUUGUAAGUGUUGUUGUUGUUGUGUGUGUGUGUGGGUGGGUGGGUGUGUGUAAUUGACAAUGGAUGCUUCAACUGUGUUUGAAUGUAAAUGUACUUAAUCAGUCGCAUUAAUCAUUGGAGAUUUGAGUUCAAUUUGUCAUUAUUUAGAGUAAUAUUCUUCUGUUGAGUGCAAAGUUAUCAGAGAUUUGCGUUUGCCACUUGACCCUGACACAGGAACACCAAAAGGCAAGAAUAGAAUUUGUCACAGUUUGUUUGUCUUUCAGAGGACAUCUUAGUUUCUACUCUGUCCCCAAAAAAUGUGUUUCUGGUGCAGAGUUUCUGUUAUUUAGGCUCAUGUAGCAACUGGAACUGGACCAUCCAACUGUGUUUGAAUGUUGUAAAUUGCAGGAAUACUCGCAUUAACCAUUGAAGAUUCAGGUUCUAAUUGCAUUUGUUAACUGGGAAACGUUUAGGUUGAGUCUAAGGACUCAUCUUAAAAGUCGAGAGUUCGAAUCUCACCAGCAAUUCUGAACUAGAACUCUUAUAAUAUUUAUGACAGAACUGCCAAAGGAAAGGCAUUGUGAGAUAGAGGACCCAGAUCAUAUCAAAGGUAGCACCAAAUUUACCAAUAAUGGAUCAAGAAAACAAGGAAAGAACAGAAAAAUAUAUUGGAUUCCUUCAAAAUUUUCUGUUAAAAAUUGUCAGUUUUGAAUUACAAACUUUACACCAACAAUAAUGUUUGAGCAUCCUAGAAAAUUGUUUGCUCCCCUAAUUCCUGACCUUCCAUUCCUUCUGUGAGGACUUUCUUGAAGAAAUCUUCCAAUGUAUCAGUUCCAUAACUAGGUGUUUUAUCAGCAUUGUACUCUCCAGUUUCAGGCUCCCAUACAAGCAUGCUUUCGGCCGCAUAAUACCGACCAAUCUUCCCGAACUCAGCUGCAUCUUCCAGUGAAGGGAAUAUUUUCACUAAGAAGUCAAGAACUCCAAUGGCAAAGUCCAUUAUUUCAAUAGGAACUUUCAGAAACUUAGGCUCCUUUCCCAAUAGUUUGAACAACAUUUCCCCUUGCUCCAAUGGUGUUAAGGCCUUUCCAGGUCCUCCAAUGGGUAAAAAUUGAUUGAUUUUGUUCUCACUCAAUACACAAUCUGCAAUAAAUGAUGCUAAAUCAGGCUCACUAAUUGGCUUACAAGCACACAAUUUCCCAUCCCCAAACAUCACAUAUGGCUUCCCAUCUUUCACCAACUCAACCUGUCCUCCAAGACUCUUGAAAAAUGCUGUUGGCCUAACAAUGCUGUAAGUAAAUUCCUCAUCCUUUUCAGCUUCUUCUACUAACUCAGCCUCAAAUUUCAACUUUGCUCUUUGAAAUUCAAGAAGGGGUUUUUGCACACAGAUUGCAGAUAGCAACACAAAAUGGGAAGCCCCAAAUUUCCUCCCAGCAACAAGACUAUUCUUUGUAGCAUCAUAAUCAAUCUUCCAUGAAUCCUUCACCCCACCAUUUCUACUAGCAAGGCAAGACACCACAACAUCAAUUGGAACCCCUAAAUUUGCCAAACUCUUUUCCAAAGCAUCCAGUUCAGUCACAUCAGAAAAGCACACAUUUGCACCAUUCAACAUUUCCAAGGUCUUAUCUUUAUCAUUUCUGCCUCUAAUUCCACUUUUUUCCCUAGCAACAGCAAUGACAUUGAACCCUCUUUUCACUAACUCUUUAACAACAAAAUUCCCAAUGUAACCCGUUGAACCCACAACUAAUACAUUGAUAUCAGCGGGUUUUUUGUUUCUGAAUGAAGUUUUGGGAGCUUCAACAACUGGAGCAGCAGAAGCCUUUACAAGCCUAAAUCUUUCCUUACUAAAAUUAAAGGAUCUCUUCAAAUGUAAAGAAGGAGGAUAAGGUGCAGAGCUCACCUGAAAAUGAGUAAGAAAUUGAGCUGAAAGAAUUCUUUGAUGCCAUUGUGUUUUUGGUAAUGGCAGUUUGAUCCCAUUAGAGACAGCAGAGAUGGACAUUUUCCUUUCAGUUGAAGAAAACUUGAAUUCACCAAAAUUGCUUGUGAUGAUGGAAGAGGCAUUUCAUACCAGUAAUUACAAAAAAUUGAUGAAAAAUUUUGAGGUUGAAGAUGCCAUUUGGGUUUAAGUGGCAAUGGCAGUUAUCCUGGGAGAAUCCAAUUGAUUGGUGGAUAUUUGUGGAGCUUCACUCUGAAAAAUCCUGGCUGAAAUGUGAACUGUAGCAAUCUUUCAAUAUUUUAGCAAUUAUCAAAAUAAUCCCUCAUAUUUGACCGAAAUCAGCUUUUCAGCCACCACUCAAG